AGCCUUUUGGUGGGAAAAUGAGUGCGCCUUCAUGCACUUUUAACGUAAUAUUUACAGCGAGCAAUAUAUGUUUUUAGAAAUUUACUAUAUAUUGGAAGUGACGAUUGUGCGUCACGCAUAUCGGAGUGCGUAAGAUCGUUAGGAACGAGUUUUUUAAGUGGUAAAUUGUCACACCAACCAGCAGGAAAACUUAACUCUGCUAUUGUUUGCUAGCAUGCUAGCGAACAGAGAUACUUGAGCGACACAGAACGUAAAUUAGGAGUAUUUUUAUAUUUAUUCAGCUUAAAACAACGCUGCUCCGUGACUAUAAAACGCCUUUUUGAGGGCUAAUUUAUUGUAUUUGAAUUUGUCGGGUGUCAACAACAUGCCAGAAAUCAAACUGAAGCAUGUGGUGUCCUGCAGCUCAGAGGAUAAUACUCACAAAGCAGACAACCUGCUGAGCUCAGACACCUACAGGAAGUGGAAAGCAGCCAGAGCCGGUGAGAAGCAGACGUCUGUCAUCCUGCAGAUAUGGGCUUGCCUUUGUCAAGUUCCAUUCACCACCUGACAAAAACGAGCCGCCAGCGUCCUCCCCUAAACUAACAAAACUGGGACAGUUCAAGGUGAAAGACGAGUCUCCUUCGUCUGGCAACCUUCAGCCCGGCAGUCUGUUCUUCAGCCGAGACAACGUUACCAAGUCCAGCACUUCACCCAAAGUGUCUCCUCAGGGUGACAAGUUGAGCUACGCUGCUGCAGCUCUGCAGGCGGGAGGCAACUCCCACUCAUCAGGUCAAGCCUCCACCUCCAACACUGCCUCACCACAGCCACCAGCAAAAAGAAAGUUUGAGUUCAGCAAAGAGCGACAGUCUGCCCCUGGUCCUCCUCCGUCAAAGAAAAUGAGUCCCACUGCAUCACCUGACACCAAACCCACGACCCCCAAACACAAGCCGAGCCCUGUCAGCACACCCAGCCCCAGCACCUCUAAAGCGCAAAAGUCUGCUGAGAAGAAGAAAGAGAGCCGGCCCAAACCGGAACCUAAACCUAAACCAAAGCCAAAAUCCAAAAGUGAACAACAGGUGCCAUUUCACCGGAUCAUGGAGGGGGUGGUGUUCGUCCUCAGCGGCUUCCAGAACCCUUUCAGAGGGGAGAUCAGGGACAAGGCGCUGGAGAUGGGAGCAAAGUAUCGACCCGACUGGACACCUGACGCCACACACCUUAUCUGUGCCUUCGCCAACACUCCCAAGUACAGUCAGGUGAAAUCAGUAGGUGGCAUCAUUGUGCGGAAGGAGUGGGUGAUGGAGUGCCAUAAGAGGAAACAGAAGAUUUCCUAUAAACGCUAUUUGAUGGAUGGAGCUGAGUCUAGCUCAGAGAGUGAAAUGGAGGUGGACGAAGAGAGCGAAGAGGAAAUGAAAACAAAGACUCCACAGAAGCAGGAGAGACAAGCGACCCCUAAAAAGACCCCAGAAAAGAAGGAUGAGGUUGAUGAGUACGGUGGUUCUACUGAUGUGGAUGAACCAGGAGAUGAAGAUGAUGAUAAUGAUGAAUCUGGAUUAGAGACAGAGGAUGAGCUGCAGAGGAUGGAGGAGAGGCGACAGAGGAAAGCAGCGGAAGGGGAAACGUCAGUAAAAGACGAGGAUCCAUACGGAGGGUCGACAGAUGAAAACACAGACGCUGAAGCUGAAGAGGAACAUCCCAUCCCCGAGCUACCAGAUUUCCUGAAUGGAAAGCACUUUUUCCUCUACGGUAAAUUUCCCAACAAUGAGAGACGAUUGGUGCUGCGGUACAUCGUCGCCUUUAACGGAGUGAUCGAGGACUACAUGUCGGAUAAAGUGCAGUUUGUUGUGACCAGUGAAGGAUGGCACGAUUCUUUUGAAGACGCACUGAUGGAAAACGGCAAUCUGAACUUUGUGAAACCAGCGUGGAUUUAUGCGAUCAAUGAACGACAGAAACUGCUGCCCUACCAGCCUUACACCGUCGUGCCCUGAACAAUACACCGUGCCAAAACACGAAGGAGUGAAUGCAACCACUACAAGUCCUGGUGAAGAACAAAUGGAAAAGCCAUAGUUGUUUUUAAGAUUAGCUACUAAAGAAGCAAUAAACCAUUUAUUGUCAAUUCUGGUCUUUGUAAGGACUUUUUCACAUGAUAAUGAAAUAACUGCAGGUAUUUAAAUGUUUUACUACAGAGCUGAAAAAAAUCCAUUAAAUGUGUUCCCCUGGAGUUAAAAAUCAGAAUUAGCUAUGGAUUUAUUUCAAGCUUAUUUUUCUUCUCUUGAGGGUUGCAUUACAGCCAUCAUCGUGUGCUGCUGAACAUUUGAACAUAAAGAAAGGAAGGUCGCUGGACUCAGGACUUGAGUUUUCUGUGCUGCUCACAUGUUGGAGCUCACCUCAGGUUACAGAGUAUAGAGUGAGUAUUCACGCUGUGCUGACUGCCAGUGGCUCAGAUAAGACUUGAGCAGGCAGGCUGACUUUGAUGAGAUCAACCCAAAGUCAGGUAAAAAGGUGUCGCUCACUUCAGGCUAAGACUAAUACAGAAAAAGAAAGUUUUGGGGGUAUUGACAGUUAAAGCCGGGGAAUAUUUGAUUUAUUAUCUAAAAGGCCACAUCUACUGAUGUCUUUGUAUGAGUUUGUUUUUAUUCUGGUUAUGGAACGUACGACUAAUUGAACAUUGUUUUAUGUAGAUAUGUAUGAUAGGUUUGGGUUCUCGUGCCAAAAACAGCUUGUGGUAUUCUCUGUUAUACCUUCAAUUGUAAUACUUAAUUAAUUUGUUAAAAUAAAAAAAAAUUAAAUUAAAAA